UAUACAGUAGUUGAUUAUGAAUUACUAUUUGGACGAUUUCGUUUUGGUACUUAAAAGAAUAAUAUUAAGUAAUGUUGAGGAAGUUUCUUGCAAUUUUAUAACUUGUGUUUAAAUAUUUAAUCAAAAUACUUUGAAUCUUCACUUUAUAGAAAGUACCCAUGAUUUAAUAUUAAUAUUUGCGGUUUUCUUAAAGUUCAUUGAAUUAGGAGUGCAUUAAACAUAAUCAUAAGAAAUCAUUCAGUUGAAUAAUUAUGAGGGAACGAGAGCGUUAUAAAGAUAAAGGACAUGAUCGUACUAAAGAUAAACAUCGUGAUCGUUCCAACAGUUUAACUAGAACACGUAGGGGUAGAUCUCGAAGCUCAUCACCAAGAACAAGGCGUGAACCACGUGAGCAUUCAAGAAGUCCACGUCGUGGUCGUUCUCGAAGUACUUCACCGCGAGCUAGACGUGAUGUGCGCAAAAGAAGCCGCUCUCGUCAGCGUCAUUCAAGAUCAAGAUCACCUGUAAGACGACAUUCAAGAGAAAGACGUCGUUCUAGAAAUCGUGAUUUAAGAAGAUCAAGGUCAAAAACUCCACCAAAAAAAGACAAAAAAUACACAAGGUCUGUCCAACAUACUGCUCCUAAAGUUACAGAAGAAGAUCUACGUGGGAAAACUGCUGAAGAACAAGAAAUGAUGAAAAUGAUGGGAUUUUGUAACUUUGACACUACUCAUGGUAAAGAAGUUGACGGCAAUAAUGUCGGUGAUGUUCAUGUUAUACUUAAACGUAAAUAUCGACAGUACAUGAACCGUAAAGGUGGAUUUAAUAGACCUCUAGAUUUUGUAGCUUAAGUAUUAUGUAUACUGUUUAUUUAAAUUAAAUAGUCAAUUGUAUAAUAUUUGACUAACAAUUAUACAUUUUACUUUUACUUUUAAGAGAAUAAGUUUAAUUGUGUAUGUAAUAAAUUAUUCUGAUUAAAAUGUCUACUAUACCAUACAA